AUGGCCGUCGACUUUUCCAACGAGUCACCACUGGCGGUGCAGCUUCAACAUGUCGUGCAGCCCAAGCUCGCCGAGUUUGGGUGGACGACGGGCGGCGAGGACACGACGCUUUUCGAAUACAUCCUCCUUAUGCUUGCGAACGAUAAGAACGAGGCACAGGUCGCGGCCGAGCUGUCGAACGAUUUGCUAGACCUGGGACCCGAGAAUACAGAGACACAGCAGUUUGCGCAGUGGCUGUUCGAGCAGAUCGAGGUGCUCAAGCGCCAACUAAGCGGCGGCGAUGUUCAGAUUGCGCAGUCGAUUGAGAACCAAAUGGACAGCACAUUCAACGACAACUCGACGUCUACACAGGAUGCAGAUAUGGAAGGCACAUCAGAGUCUGGCCAAGGCAACAUCCCUACAGGACCUAAAGCUAUGCGCAAUGGAAGUGGCGCGCAAGCAGCACGUCCAGUGCGUGGCGGACGUAUGCUCAACCAACUCAACAAGUCGAUGAACCGCAAUGAUGAUUCCGCGCUACAUCGCGUGCGUGGCGCUGGCGGAGGUGUCGGCCGGAUAAAUUCACACACUCGAGACGCGCCCAAAGGCCCUCGAGGUCAGAACAUCGGUCGAGGAAUCGAGGCCAUGGCCAACGGUCGGGGCAUGGGCAACGCGAACAUGAACAUGGGCCAGGCCGGCAUGAACGGUAUGCCCAUGGGCGGUAUGCCAGGAAUGCCAAUGCCACCAAUGGGCGGCCAAAAUGGCAUGCCCGGUGGCAUGCUGAAUCCGCAACAGCAGAUGGCGCUGAUGCAAAUGUACGAGCAACAAGCACAAAUGAUGCAACAGAUCUUCUCCGGCGGCGCCCCGACAGCCUUUGUCAACCCCAACUUCAACCAGGGCAACCGAAAUGGCCCCAAGAAAUCUCUACAUCAGCGCAUGGAACGGCCACAUGGCAACCGAGGCAUGAACCCAAACGCGAAAACCUUUGCCAAGAAGGACGGCCAGGAUGAAACUAUGGCAGAUGGUCCCGCAGCAGAAAACGUCGACGGCAUGGAAGUCGAGACAUCGCGCCCAGAGCCGUCGUCCACUAUGUGCAAGUUCAACCUGCGGUGUACAAAUCCAGACUGUCACUUCGUACAUCAGUCGCCCGCCGCUGUGCCCGGGACGCCAGUGGACAUGAACGAUACAUGUGACUACGGCGCCGCAUGCAAAAACAAGAAGUGCGUCGGAAAGCAUCCAUCUCCCGCGCAGCGACAGAAGUUCCAGUCCGAGCAGGAAUGCGCCUUCUGGCCCAACUGCCGGGAUCCAGCUAGCUGUCCGUACAAGCACCCUGCUGCUCAGGCUUGCCGCAACGGUGCCGACUGCACAAAAGAGGGCUGUACAUUUGGGCAUUCUGCGGUUAUGUGCAAGUUUACCCCGUGCUUGAACCCCCGUUGCGUAUAUAAGCAUGCCCCGGGGCAGAAGAAGAACAACACAAACGUUUGGGUCGCACCCAAGGAAGGUGAACAUGUUUCUGAGAGGAAAUUUGUGGAUGAGGAACAGCAGGAAGAGCUUAUCCUCCCAGGACAAAAUCAGACACAGGCUACUGAGAGCGUGGAUGUGCAAUCAUAG